CUUGAAAAAUAUCACUGACAAGUUUGCCUGUGAGUACAGAACCAGCUCUGUUCAGUGUUGGUAGCUCUGAGUCUUAGGGGCACUGCCUGUGUGCAAGUUUUAAUGGGUUCCUUUAGCAUUUGAAAGCUCCUCUUUGAACUAACGUCAGUGUCUGAGUCAGAGGUUGGCUCUGUCUGCCCACUGGGGUUCUCUCCACCUGCUUCUAUGCAAAGAAGACACAAAUGUUAGGUGGUUUUCACAGCAGUAGCUAAUAGGGGUGGCACCACUCUCCACACUGCUUUAAUUGUUCUGCAGUCUGCAAACAACUUGCGUCACUCACACCUUUCCACGGAGUGAUUCACUGUUCCCUAAGCAUCCCUGUGCAUUUCUGGUUGGAGGCAGGCAGAGAAAGACAAGAAGAGGGAAGACUUGUUGAGAACUAUAGUGCAUAAGUGGUUGCAAACUGUCAGGUUGGCACCAUGAAGCUGGCGUUGUUGAUGCUCAUGGUUGUGUACACAAUGGGCAACGUAAGUGGUAUGUCUACAUGUAAGACGCUGGACCUGGAGAUGGUGAAGAAAAAGCGCAUCGAGGCCAUUAGGAGCCAGAUCCUCAGCAAAUUGCGUCUGCCAAAAGAGCCAAAAGAGUCAGAUCAGUCUGAAGUCCAGCAAGCAAUCCCUAGCUCCCUGCUGUCUCUCUACAACAGCACCAUAGAGAUACUGAAGGAAAAGGAGGCCAAGGACCCAACAAGCAUCUCUACAGAUCAGGAGGAGAUGGACUACUUCUCCAAGGUGGCACACAAGUUCAACAUGACCAAGCCCACCAAAAACUCAAAAAACAUCACGAUGUCCUUCAACAUGACUGAGAUACGGGGAAGUGUGGGGGACUACCUACUGCUGACCAGUGCAGAGCUGCGGAUGCUCAUCAAGAGAACUUCAAUGCCUACUGAGCAGCGGGUGGAGCUGUAUCAUGGUCUGGGGCCCUCAACCCACUACCUCACUACCCGCUUCAUCGGUAACUCCUUUAAAGACAACUGGCUGACCUUCGAUGUCACCAAGAUCCUGCAGGACUGGCUCAAAGAGACUGACAAGGAGCAGGGUUUCCAACUUCGGCUGUUUUGUGAAUGCAACAGUGGCCAGCAGACAAGUGCUGAGAGUGCCUUCAAUUUUCAAAUCUCUGGGAUUUCGGGCGAUAGGGGAGACACAGCAUCGAUGGCACAGACGACACAGCAACCACCCUACAUCCUGACCAUGUCCAUCCCUAAAAAUAUCAGUAGUCACCUCACCUCACGCAAAAAACGCUCCACAGACUCAAGGGAUACAUGUACCGCCCAGACAGAAAACUGCUGUGUGCGGAGCUUGUAUAUUGACUUCAGGAGAGAUCUGGGCUGGAAGUGGAUUCACAAGCCAACGGGCUACCAUGCCAACUACUGCAUGGGUUCCUGCACCUAUGUCUGGAAUGCUGAAAACAAAUAUUCUGAGAUUUUGGCCCUGUAUAUGCAUCACAACCCAGGAGCCUCUGCCCAGCCCUGCUGUGUUCCUGAUGUACUGGAGCCACUGCCAAUCCUCUACUACUUGGGCAGGCAACACAAGGUGGAGCAGCUGUCCAAUAUGAUUGUGAAGUCUUGCAAGUGUAGCUAAAAA